GGCCAGAUUAUGGGGCGACAGAGAGAAGUGGCAUGCGUGGACUUCUGUAUUUAGCGCAGACUGGUCCAUUUAAAAACUAGACAACAAGCUCUUCAGUUGCUUUAAGGACACGACCCCUCCACUUCUAGGACGUGGAAAAUCUCAUAUAAAAAAGGUAAUUAGCAAGUGAUUCAUCCAUGUCUGCCAAGGCCAUCUCGGAGCAGACGGGGAAGGAGUUCCUCUACAAGCACAUUUGUACCUCGGCAGCCGUUCAGAACCGCUUCCGCUAUGCCAGCGUCACCGCGGAGACCGACUGGGGUCGCAUCAUACAGGACCACCCCUGGCUGCUCUCUGAGAGGUUGGUGGUCAAGCCAGACCAGCUGAUCAAACGUCGAGGAAAGCUGGGCCUGGUGGGUGUCGACCUGGACUUGGACGGUGUUCAGGAGUGGGUCAGGCAGCGCCUCAUGAGGGAGACCACAGUGGGAAAAGCAAAAGGCGUUCUAAAGAAUUUCCUAAUCGAACCAUUUGUGGCACAUACACAGGAACAGGAGUUCUACGUAUGCAUCUACGCCACUCGUGAAGGUGACUAUGUGUUGUUCCACCACGAGGGCGGCGUCGACGUGGGGGACGUCGACGCCAAGGCCCAAAAGCUUCUGGUCGCCGUGGACGACAAGCUAAGCGUGGACUCGAUCAAAGAGCAGCUGCUCACUCAUGUACCAGAGGAUAAGCAAGAGGUUCUGGCCAGUUUCAUAAUAGGUCUUUUCAACUUUUAUGAAGACCUUUAUUUUACCUAUCUGGAGAUCAACCCACUUGUCAUCACCCACGAUGGUGUGUUUGUUCUUGACAUGGCGGCCAAGAUCGACGCCACAGCAGAUUACAUCUGCAAGGCCAAGUGGGGUGAUGUGGAGUUCCCCCCACCCUUCGGCAGGGAAGCCUACCCUGAGGAGGCAUAUAUUGCAGACCUGGAUGCCAAGAGUGGUGCCAGCCUGAAGCUCACCCUGCUGAACCCACAAGGUCGGAUCUGGACCAUGGUGGCAGGGGGAGGAGCCUCUGUCGUGUACAGUGACACCAUCUGUGACCUUGGCGGCGUGGAUGAGCUGGCCAACUAUGGGGAGUACUCUGGAGCGCCCAGCGAACAGCAGACCUACGACUACGCCAAGACCAUCCUCUCCCUCAUGACCAGAGAGAAGCACCACGAAGGGAAAGUUCUGAUCAUUGGUGGCAGCAUCGCAAACUUCACUAAUGUGGCAGCCACGUUCAAGGGCAUUGUCAGGGCCAUCAAAGACUACCAGGGACCUUUGAAGGAGAACGAAGUGACCAUCUUUGUUCGUCGUGGCGGCCCUAACUACCAGGAGGGGCUGAGGGUGAUGGGAGAAGUGGGGAAGACCACUGGUAUCCCCAUCCAUGUCUUUGGCACAGAGACCCACAUGACAGCCAUCGUUGGCAUGGCACUGGGCCAUCGACCAAUACCUAACCAGCCUCCCAUGGCUGCCCACACCGCCAACUUCCUCCUGAACUCCAGCAACAACGCUGUUACUCCAGCCACCACCAGGACAGCAUCGUUCUCUGAGCCCAAAUCAGCCAACGAUGCCACGCCAGCCAAAAAGCCCAAGGAGGGACUCCCAGCAGACAGUUUAAAUUCUCUGCUGUGGCCCUUGAGGAGUGCAGGUUCAUUCACAGGAGACUGCAAAGAAGCAAAGGCCUCUUCAGGCUGCAGUGGAGCAAAGGCGACCACACUGUUUAGCAGCCACACCAAGUCCAUUGUGUGGGGAAUGCAGACGCGGGCAGUGCAGGGCAUGCUGGACUUUGACUACGUGUGCUCGCGAGACGAGCCCUCAGUGGCUGCCAUGGUCUACCCUUUCACUGGCGACCACAAGCAGAAGUUCUACUGGGGCCACAAGGAGAUACUGCUGCCUGUGUACAAGAACAUGGCCGACGCCAUGAAGAAGCAUCCUGAGGUGGAUGUGCUCAUCAGCUUUGCCUCGCUUCGCUCAGCUUUUGAUAGCACCAUGGAAACCAUGCAGUACCCACAGAUUCACACCAUCGCUAUCAUUGCUGAAGGCAUCCCUGAAGCCCUAACCAGGAAGUUGAUCAAGAGGGCAGAUGAGAAGGGCAUCACAAUCAUUGGUCCAGCCACGGUGGGAGGAAUCAAACCAGGCUGUUUCAAGAUCGGCAACACUGGAGGAAUGUUGGACAACAUCCUGGCCUCCAAGCUGUACCGACCUGGCAGCGUGGCCUACGUGUCUCGCUCGGGAGGGAUGUCCAACGAGCUCAACAACAUCGUCUCCCGCACUACCGAUGGAGUUUACGAGGGGGUGGCCAUUGGCGGGGAUAGGUAUCCAGGUUCUACAUUCAUGGACCAUGUCCUACGCUACCAGGACACUCCAGGGGUCAAGAUGAUUGUUGUUUUGGGAGAGAUUGGAGGCACAGAAGAAUACAAGAUAUGUGAAGGCAUCAAGGAGGGCAGAAUUACCAAGCCAGUGGUGUGCUGGUGUAUAGGCACCUGUGCCACCAUGUUCUCCUCCGAGGUUCAGUUUGGCCAUGCGGGAGCCUGUGCUAACCAGGCUUCAGAAACUGCGGUGGCCAAGAACCAGGCCCUGAGGGACGCCGGGGCCUAUGUUCCCAGGAGCUUUGACGAGCUGGGAGAUGUCAUUAAGGUGGUGUAUGAUGAACUUGUAGCCAAAGGAACCAUUGUUCCUGCUCAGGAGGUGCCUCCGCCCACAGUGCCUAUGGACUACUCCUGGGCCAGGGAGCUGGGUUUGAUUCGCAAGCCGGCCUCCUUCAUGACCAGCAUCUGUGAUGAGCGCGGCCAGGAGCUGAUCUACGCUGGCAUGCCCAUCACUGAGGUGUUCAAGGAGGAGAUGGGCCUGGGAGGGGUGCUGGGCCUCCUCUGGUUUCAACGGAGGUUACCGCGCUAUGCAUGCCAGUUCAUUGAGAUGUGCCUGAUGGUGACAGCGGACCAUGGGCCUGCGGUCUCUGGAGCUCACAACACCAUCGUCUGUGCCCGGGCUGGCAAAGACCUCAUAUCUAGUCUGACCUCUGGCCUACUCACCAUUGGGGACCGGUUCGGAGGGGCGUUAGACGCUGCCGCAAAGCAGUUUAGUAAGGCGUUCGACAGCGGAAUGCUCCCCAUGGAGUUUGUCAACAAGAUGAAAAAGGAUGGCAAGCUGAUCAUGGGGAUUGGACACAGGGUCAAAUCUAUCAACAACCCUGACAUGAGGGUCCAGAUCCUGAAGGACUUUGUGAAGCAACACUUCCCCACUACCCAGAUGCUGGACUACGCACUGGAUGUGGAGAAGAUCACUACAUCUAAGAAGCCAAACCUAAUCCUCAACGUGGAUGGUUUUAUCGGAGUGGCCUUUGUGGACCUUCUCAGGGCAUGUGGUGGCUUUACACGAGAUGAAGCGGAUGAGUUUGUGGAGAUUGGUGCUCUGAACGGGAUCUUUGUGCUUGGCAGAAGUAUGGGCUUCAUUGGUCACUACCUGGACCAGAAGAGGCUAAAACAGGGCCUAUACCGCCACCCGUGGGAUGACAUCUCCUACGUCCUUCCGGAACACAUGUCCAUGUAACCAUGGAGAUUGAUGUAAAUCUUAAACGCGUCUGGAUGGUAAUGCCCAAAAAGGACAGGCAGCGGUUCGCACCUCUCUACCCUUCUCUUCAUUCACAACCGCUGCCUUGAUUAAGACUGGGCAGGAUGAUUCCAGAUAGAUAGUGGGAAAUGGUGGUGGUACACUGGGAGUUUUACUGAAAAAGGGGAACCUUUGCUUCUCUUUGCUUCUUUUAGUCAAGUUAUUCUUGAUGUCUAAGUUAUUAAAUUAUGAACAAAGAACCAAAACAAUGCACUCACCAAAUGUGGUCACUCUGGGGUUAAUUGGUACUUGAUUGUCAGUGCUUUUGGGUGAGUUUGCCCUAUCUCAAAAUUGGAAUUAGCAGCACAGUUUAUGCCUUACACCAGUGUUGUAGUCUGAUUGAUUAAUCCAGUACUAAGGCAUCCUAAAACGAUGAUUUAUGUUCAUCUUCCAGCACAUAAGUAUGUAUAGCAAUCGUGCGUGUGUCUCAUGAAACUGGUUUGAUUAACGUGGUGAUUUCCUACGUUUAUCCUGUUAAAUGUGUCCAAGAGGCAUGCACUUGAAAGUAGGCAUUUUUUCUGGGGAGCUUUGUUGUGCAAUCUUACAUUAACACUAACUUACAGAUCUACAAACAAUGAUAGGGGAACUGUACAGUUCGCAGACUAUUUGUGAAUUGGGAGAUAAACAUCAGUAGUUAAUGAAAGCACAAAACACAAGUAACAUGUUAUAUAAGUUUGUGUGCAUGUCAUCCAUGAUUAAUCCGGGUUUCCCUCCCACAAUAAAACGGUUGCUAGCCCACUGUGGAGUGUACACUGGGUGUUAAUGAUAGCGACAGGGAAUACAAUUUUACCUGAACUUUAAUGUGCGUUUCUGGCACUGCCUUCACCUACCCACCCUCCAGGAUUUGGAGGAUGGCCUUCUGUAACUCUUGAAAUCACAAAUUAGGCUGUUGGAUGAUGAUAAAGAUGUAUUUUCUUUGUUUUAUGAUGUCCAAAUCACAAAAAGAGAACGGUUUAAAUGCUUUAUGAAUGUGCCCUGUGAGUCUUAAACGCACCUUUUGCGAGGGACCAUGAAGACAGUGGACUUUAAAUGGAGUGUCGUAAACAUUAUACAGCUACUAGACGACUGCAUUUAGUGGGGCUCCUGUCAGUUACCCAUUUUUCUUUCUGUGAAGAACGUUUAAUGUACACAGGACUCUUUCCACAACUUUCUGGCAAUGUUUGUUCUCUUUGUGCUUUAUUUUAUUUAAAUGUUAUGUUUCUGCUUUUGUAAGCCCAGAAUUGUUAUAUUGUAGUAAAUCUUAAUUAAAAAAAAGACUUGGUUAACUU